AUGAGCCAUACGCAGGCCCCGCUGGGUGGCUAUCCGCAAUCGCCGGACCCUACGCUCAGCGAUCCGCAAUGGUUGCAACAACUUUCUUCUCAUCCCAUCUUCGUUCCCCGGCAUCAAGGCGAUGGAACGUCAGCAGCAACCAAUGAUCGAUUCAGCGAACCUGCAAGUUACACGCGACUUAUGAUGGUGAGAGGCACCGAUCUCAUUGCAGUCGUCGACAAUGAGAUCCGCAUUGCUUCUCUUGUCGAUGCAAAAGCCUCUGCUGCCAAUCAGCCCCUGUCGCCUUCAGCAUCUUCGUCUUUCAAGACAUAUUCUACAGCUUCGUACAAGACGCUUGUUGCAGCUCAAGGACCCUUGGUUGACUUUGACAUUAGACACCUAAGCAUUAAUCCUACCGGCAAGCUUCUCGCAUGCGUGGGUGAUAGCCAAAUCGCCUUGAUCGUGAUGCCUCGAUCCGGCUACACCAAGCACGUAGACCGAGAGAUCGCUUGUAGAACCGUCCCGAUCGCCCCAUACUACCACUCAGCUCAUUCGAAUGCUGCGGUGUCCAAAGUUGACUGGCACCCUUGGGGCGAGAAUGGCACUUCGCUUCUUGUUCUCACUGACGACGGCCUUCUUCGCGAGUACGAUGUUGCGAAGGACGCCGAAGAGCCGCAACAGAUCGCAUCCUUUCUACCCGUCGAUACGGGAGCCGCUUCUCAACGCUUCCGAUCCCGUUCCGCGACUCCUGCCUACACCUCUCGCAAUAACGCCUCUUCGCCAAUCGCAGGUCGCAGCUCCACCAACAAUGCUGCUUCCGCAGCUCACACUUCACGUGGUUUCGGCCUCUCAGCCGAGGAUGACGACGCUACCACGGCUGUCAGCUUCUCUCUUUGCGUCUCCGAGACGCCCCUUUCUCGCUCCAACCCUUUCGAUGAUGAUUCCGACCAAGCCGGCACGAAAGCUGCCUCAACGUCAACGGGUCCUUCCGACUGGUCACCUCUCACGAUCUUCGGCCUCAUGAAAAACGGCGAUAUCUGGGCCCUUUGUCCAUUCCUUCCAAAAAGUGCUGUCGUCCCAGCCGCCUACAUUCACAACUUGGCCAAACUUGCUUCGUAUCGCGCGAGUUCUAUCGAGUCCGCACAGACUUGGCACGUAGACGCACAACUCCGCUACGUCAAUGCCCUACUCAAGCAGGCUUCGCAAGGCUCAUCUAGGCAGCGUCCUGACAGCAGGAGGCAAAGCUCAGUGACGCCAGGACCGGAACGCUUUGCUCGCUCCAGGUCGACCUCAACAAUGGAUUUAGACCAGCUCGUCCAAGGUCCCUCUGCUCCUCAGGGCGUGUCAGGAAUCGAAUAUGGCAACGAAGAAGUACACGAGGGCCCCGUGAAGCUGCACCCACCUUCUUGGUCUUUCACGCAAGAUACUCGACAUGCUGGCAGCGCCAAGAAGGCGCCAAGACCUCAGGGUCCUUUCUUGCUCAAGCCCGCGCCUGUCGAGCUUUGUGACGAGCGCGAAAGCGUCGCGUGUGACAUUAUUUGGACAUGGCUUACUAGCGAGAAUGCCGAGGCUGCUACGGAUGGUGCUGUGACUGGAAUCGCUGCCCUCAGUAUUGUCGGGCACGACGGUCGAGUUGACGUUGGCUUGCUCUUCAGUUCGGUCGAGGCCGUCUGGGACGCACCGACCUCGCGAAGUCGCUCAGCAGCUCGUCGCCGUAGCAAGCCGCCGAAGACCAAUCGGUACGGCCUCUCAGAUACCGAAGAUGAAGCGGACGAUUUUAAUGCUCUCAGUCUCGAGGAUGCAGUCAAGCUUCCCUCGCUCCUUAUAUACGAAACAAUCGAUUUGGGCCUACUCGACACAGCCAUCGACAACGGUGUCGGCUCUCAAUCUACAGCUUCGGAUGUACUGCUCGACAAGAUGGCAAGCAACAAACCAUGCUUCGUUCGCGAUCCUCUGUACGGCGACACCCUCUAUGUGUAUCAUGCCUUCGGCGCGCAAUGUCUCGGUUUUGCGACAUGGGCUCCCAAGUUCAUCGAAGCGCUCAAUGUGCCUUCAGAGGACGAACUUUACAACAACGCAGGCGACGACGUCUCAAUGCCCAGUCAAGAGUCGCGGGAACAGGCUAUCACUAAGAUGCUUCACAACUCUAUCAACACGGAGGUCGUCUGGGUCGUGAACACGGUUGCGCCCAAGGGUAGCAAGGGGCUCGAAACCAACGCGGUCACGGCCGUCUCAAUUCUUUCUGAUGUUUAUCUUUCGUAUGCAUUCCUUGCUGUGACGGCUGACCUGCAACUAGUGGGCGUCGAGUUGGCGCUUCGCAUUGAGCAAGAGUCCAUGGACUCGCCCAGUUCACAUGAACAAGGUUUGACAGGCAGUGGCGCUGGUACUGCCAACGGGCCGAAGCCGUAUGUGUCGCUGCUCGGAGAUGGUCCAGGAUUCCAACCGCCAGCUAUCUUUGCGCAAUCUGCCGGGGUUCAAGGCCUGCCACAGCAUCCACGACGUGCUGCGCUGUCCAAUGCUACCUCUUCCAAGUCCGAACUGCAAAUCACACCAGAAACACUGCGCGCUUUGGGCAAGACAGUCGAGACGUAUCGACACGAGAUCCGCGAUGUUGUCUCUGCAGGCAAUGAAGUCCAAGCUCGUCUGGAUCUGCAAGUUCGCGAAAUGACGCGCCAGCUCGAAAAACUCAAUGCCAUCCGACUCCGUUGCUCCGAUCUCGGCUCUGACUCCUCCUCAACUAGCAAAGGCGCACUGGGCGAAAGGGUGCAGAAGAUCGCACAGACACAAUUGCAGCUCGUUGCACGCAUCGACAAGGCGCUACAGCGGCUCAUGGACUCGCAUCAGCCAAGUCUUUCCAUCUACGAAAAGAAGUGGUUUGAAGAGCUUGAGCGAAUUGCAUCCGAAGUUGGUGUCGCUCGCACGCAGACAGGCGAAAUCAAAGUAGACACGCGCAACAACAGGAAGGCGCUAGCGGCAAAGGCCGAACUCUUGUCGCAUCAGCUUAGUUUGUUGCGGCCGCAAAUGGCCGCUCUGAAAGAGCAAGGAAAGAUGGAAGGGGCAAAGAGCAAGAAGGAUGGAAUGCUGGGAAUGGAGCAGCUGAAGAAGGUUGAGAAGCUAUUGAGCAGCGAAGCUGUCAUGCUGGCUGAAGCUAAAGACAAGGUACAGCAGUUGAAUAAGCGGAUUGCGCAGAUCAAGCCAUUGAGGGAUGCGUCCGUUGGACCAAGCUAUGGUAUGGACAGCGACAGUUCAGUUUCGUUUUCAAAUGUAACGGCAGGAGGAAUGGGGCUGCCUACGAGUAGCACUGCAGCCAAUUUCGGUGAUCUGUCCUUUGCUUCCCGGCCUUCUCCGCAUCGAACGUCUUUCAGGGCCGGAUGA